AUGGGUCUUCUCGUUCCCUGUACCGUAGCGCGCCGGCGUGCUCGAGUUUCGGCUCGCGUCGCUCUGUUUGAUGCUGCGUUUAAUCCUCGAUAUAAGCGUGCUCCUAGAGAGGUCGUGGACACUUCACGGUUUGUAGGCCCUGGGUUUUUCCCUGUUGUCACACCUGAGUAUGGUCGAAUACGCCGUAAGCAACGACUUUACAGGAUGAGGACGCAUAGAUGGGCAAAGUCAGGUCGUUACCCUUUUCCAACAGCAUCUGCUUCCAGGAGUCUUUUCAACGUUCAGUACAUGGAGUUCUUGAAAGGUAGCUUUCUGAUUUAG